AUGUCUGUACAAGGUGGAUCUGGCCCUUGCGUAACCAAGAUAAAAAACGGACGAUUUAUCAGCCAAGGAAAUUGCGAGAAAAUUGACGAAGAAGAAAUAAUUGGACAACUACGUAGAAAUGUGGCAGCGAAAAAAGAAAAGGAAUCUUGUUCCAUCUAUCACGACGGCAAAUGCAUUUGGCCUGUCAAAAUUGGUGAAGAAAAAACAAAUUUUGUUUCUGCCGUUUCCAUUUGCACCAAAAUCAGACGAAAACUAGCUGAUGUCCAAAGCAGAGAGCAAUAUGAUUUAAUCGUUUCGUACAUCAAUCCAUGGCUGUCUGAAACUAAAGAUGGAGAAUUUAGUGUUUGGACUGGAAUGAUGAACAACCAGACGUUGUCUGAUGGUACCAAGCCCACCUGGUGGAAAGAUCCUGUGCCACUGUCAGAAACAGUAAAAGUGGCAAUUCGCGUAUCAAAAACAGAACCUAUACACAAACUUAUUUACAUGAAGAAACGGAGUAAAAUGUUGGGAGCUAUUUGCCAGUAAAUUUAAUGUCUGAUUGAAGUUACUGCAACUUCAACUAAAAACUGUAUGAUAAAUUUUGCUGAUAUCGAUUCAUCAGUGGUUUUGUUCAAGCAUUUAAUAUUUGCCAUUGCAGUUCACAAUUGUAAAUAAAUAUUAUUAUAAUUUCUAUUUGGGUUUGAAAAAAAAAGAUAGUGUAUAAUUUUUAAAAUUAUUUAGGAAAUAAAAG